GCGAAUAUGGGAAAAAUUGCUAAGAUAAGGGAAUGGGAUGUCUGACCAUUGUAGGGAUCAGUGCGGAUCACGGGCCAGGAGAACAGAGGCGAGUGUGCGAUGGCGCGAAGAAGAACGUUCCUUGAGGAACGCCCCUUGGGCAUUGAACCGCCUAGGGAAGUACCGGGUGAAGUAGAGGUUAGCUUGCCGGCGGCAAGUGAAGGCUGGCACCAGGUGGCGGAUUGGGUCGGGAUCGAGCUUGCGAAAAAUAUGGUUUACUUGGUGACGAAAGUUGAGUGGCGUGCGGCCGAGAAUGGGGAAUGGAACCCAGACCCACGGGGGCACGUGCGCGCAGAGGGGCGGUUGUAUGUGUCGGAAAACGGAUGGAGGGAGUUCGGAGUUCGGCUGGCAUCAGGAGAAGACCCGUUGAGCAUGUUUGCAGGGGCAUCGCAGUUAGUAUGGCAAGCGGGAUUUGAGUUCGCAGAUCCGGGGGUUGACGAUGUAACAACGGACCUUAGGGUAGCCAUGGUUGGGAGUUUUGAAUUGCCUAGUGAAAGUGUACGAAUGAGGCUUCCACCCUUCUUGCUGGAAAAACUGGGCCGCUUGGAACUUGUUAGACAAGCAAUAGCCGAUCUCGCAAGCCUGACAUAUGAAGAAGCGAUGGUACAUCGAGAAUACUACCGGGCCUUCUUAGAAAUGGGGCCGUUCAGCGGAGAGCAGAAGUACGAGGUGUUGCGCAUCCUGCGUGCUGUGUUUAGUACCAGGUCGAGGGUUCCGGUCGUGGGAAGUGAGGCCCUGUGGGGCGUCGUCCGACGGGAGAUAGACCGAGGAAUGGCGUACGUAGAUGAUCUGUACCGAUUACAUGAGCAGACGGAGGAGGGGACAGGUAAAGAAAUGACGACGGAGGAAGGGAUCGAUGACCAGCAGAGCGGAGGGAAUCAAGGCACGAAUGAGAAUGGGGAACGAAACGAGGGAUCAGCCAGGGAUCGAGAGUCGGCCAAACUGGAGGGGACCCGAGAAGACGGAAAGGACGCCUCAAUUGGAGAAAGUUCGGGGAAAGCUGGGGGUAGCAAAAGGGGACCUCAGGAAAACAGGGAAGGGGGAAACGAUAUGAGAACAAGUCCUCGGAACUCAGCAGGAGCCACCCCUAAAAAGACGAAAGUCUUGGAUACCAGUCAUAAACUGGCAGAGAUAGAGAAGCGGACCGCGAAAUUUAAGGCAAGACUUAUCGAGCAGAUGAUGGCCGGGGAUGAGGAGGACCUCCAGGACGCAGGGUCACGUGAAGGACGCAGGGCUGGUCAAGACGACGUUAGGUAUGAGGGGAAGGGCAAGAGCGACCCCCCGGCGGAAGGAACGGAAAACGCUAUGACCCCACCCGCCAUUGACAGCGGCACUAGCAGACUACCCGCCACACCGAAAGUAACAGGGGCGUGUGACGGACUCUGGAGCCUUAGGGAGAGAGUGCUAGGAUGGUUCAGCCUAGAAGGAAUACCGAAAACCAGGGAGAAGCAGAGGGAAAGCAAGGAAGGGGAAGAAGCCAGUGCAGCCGGGGAAGCGGGUGACUCCGAAAACCGUCUCAAGAAAGUAGUCGCCACCCUCAACAGGAUACUGAACAAGAACCAGGGGUAUCUCACAGAUGCAAAAAAGAAACUCACAUUCGAUGGGGCCAACAUUACGGAGUUUCUAAUAGACUAUGAGAACCUAGCAGCCUUACUGAAAUGGACGGAAGAGGAAAAGAUGGAGCACCUAGGACAGCACGUAUCGCUAAGUUUGGGAAGGGACAUUAUGGUCAUCGUCGCCUCCAGUGGAUCCUAGAAAGAGACCAGGAAUGAGAUGAUGAAGAAAUACCUGAAGGCAAAAAAAAUGGCAACAGAGGCAAAAUUAGCCG